CGAGCCCAUCCAGCGGCUCUGUUCGGCCUGUUGUCUUCGUCCUUUCUUCUGCCGCCGGACGACUCUCUCUCUCUCCCACGAUCCGGCCACGGCACCCUCGCGAUGGAGCGGCCGAUCUUUGCCUUUGGGGCGAGCCGCCAUCCCUAUCGACCCGUCGACGAGAGCGACGAGCUCCAGCACAGCGACAUUGCCGACUCUGCGCUGGCCUAUCCCUCAUCCCACGGCAAUGUCCUUGGCGAGGGAUGGGACGACUCCGCCUCGAAUACGGCGGCUGAGCGCCCGCCGUCGCUCGCUGGGUCUCUCAAAGACCAGGCGAAUGCCUCGAGCGACAGCCUGUCGGCCGGCCAGCGGCCGUUCUGGAAGCUCUUUCUCGCCCAUAUUGGCCCCGGCUUCGUCGUCGCCGUGGGGUAUAUGGACCCAGGCAACUGGGCAACCGAUUUGGCUGGCGGGUCAAAGUUCCAGUACAAGUUGCUGCUCUUCAUUCUGGUGUCGAACUGCAUGGCGGUGUUCCUCCAGAACAUGGCCAUCAAGGUCGGGCUGGUGACGGGCUGCGACCUGGCGCUGCUGUCGAGAAAGACGCUGCAUCCAUGGCUGAACAAGCUCAUUUACGUCGUUGCCGAGAUUGGAAUCCUGGCUACAGACCUGGCAGAGGUUAUCGGCUCGGCCAUCGCCCUCAAGCUGCUGUUCGGCAUUCCGCUUGUCUGGGGCAUCCUCAUCACCGGCACCGAUGUCAUCAUUAUCCUCAGCGGUCUGGCCGACAAGUACAUGCGCUAUCUCGAACUGGGCAUCAUGUUCCUGGUGCUUGUCGUCGGAGCCUGCUUUGGCGUGCUCAUGGGCCGGGCCAACCCCGUCUGGAUUGAUGUCUUCAAGGGAUACUUGCCGCUCGAGCCAGCGCUGCUUAUCGACCAGGAGUACUUGUUUCUGGCCAUUGCGAUUGUCGGCGCGACGGUGAUGCCGCACAACCUGUAUAUCCACUCGUAUCUGGUGCAAUCUCGGUCUGUGGACGGCGCCGGGAUGCAGAUCGACGGGUUCGAGCACCAGCCGCCGCUCUCGGAGGAGAUGGAGCUGCUCGACUCGCCCCAGAGCCGCAAGCUCGUCGACGAUCCAAUGUUUGCGGAGCGCAUCCGCACGGCCCUGCAUCUUUCGUACCUCGACUCGGCAAUGGCGCUCACCUUUGCGCUCUACAUCAACUCUGCCAUUCUGAUCGUCGCUGGCGGCGUCUUCUUUGUCCGGGGUCAGAACGCCUCCGAAAUCAGCGAUGCCUUUGGGCUCAUUUCGACCGACAUUGGCCACUGGGCGGCGGUUGUCUUUGCUGUCGCACUGCUGCUCUCGGGCCAAACCUCAACCAUCACCGGAACGAUCGCCGGCCAGGUGGUGAUGGAAGGGUUCACGCAGAUGCGGCUGCCGCUCUGGAUCCGUCGGCUGGUUACCCGAGCCGUCGCCAUCAUCCCGGGGAUUGCUGUGGCGAUCUAUCGAGGCGACAGCGGCGUGAACGACCUGCUUGUCCUGAGCCAGGUGAUCCUGUCCAUCUGUCUACCCUUCAGUGUCUGGCCAUUGAUAUACUUUUGUGCCAAUACCCGCAUCAUGACUGUCCGCUACAACGCCUUGGGCCUAUCGCAGGAGCUGUCACUAGCCAACCACUGGGUCACCACGGUAUUUGCCGUGCUCGUAGGCUCGACCCUGACCUUCCUCAACCUGUUCAUGAUCUACAGCGUGCUCUGAUAAGGAACACUGUUCCUGCGGCUGUGUGGGAAGUGCGAAAUAGAUACACACAUACAUACAUACAUACAUACAUGCCUGCAUGCAUCGAUAUGAUAUUACUG